AUGUCAGAAGAAUCAUCAACACCAUUUUCUAAACAAAGAGUCCUAGUUUUAGGAGCAACUGGAUAUAUUGGAGGUGAAAUUUUAUUCAAAUUGCUCAAAUUACCAGAAUUUCACAACUUUGAAAUAUCUACAAUUACAAGAAGUUCAGAGAGUGCCUCAGAAUUAUCAAAAUUAACUCAGAAUCGUGUCAAUACGAUAGUUGGUUCACUAGAUGAUUCUUCAUUAUUAGAGGAACAUUUAUCAAAUUCAGAUGUUGUUAUUAAUGCAGCAGAUGUUGAUAAUGUAAAUGUGGGUAAAAGCAUUGCCAAAAUUGCAAGUAAAGUUGAACAUCCAUUUUUAAUUUUACAUACAUCUGGAACUUCAGUCUUGGGAGAUGAAAUAUCUGCCACAAAGGGACCAAGUGAUAAAGUUUAUUCAGAUUUGAAAGAUAAUAAAGAAAUCACCAAUUUACCAGAAACUCAACCACACAGACCAGUUGAUAAAAUCAUAUUAUCAAUCCAAGAUUCGAAUCCAAAAUGGGUCAAGACUGUUUUAAUUUCACCACCAACUAUAUUUGGGUUGAAUGAAGGUUAUAUCCAUAGAGAAUCUGUUCAAAUUCCAUUAUUGAUUGAGUUAUCAAUCAAGAACAAGCAAGCCUUCACAACUUAUUCCGGUGAUUAUAAAUGGUCGCAUGUUCAUAUUGAUGAUUUAGCAGAUUUGUAUAUUAUUUUGUUGAGAAACUUGUUAAUCAAUGGCGGUAAAGAUAUCAAGACCGGUAAAGAAGGUUACUACUUUGCAGAAGUUGGUGUUCAUUAUUGGAAGGAUAUAAGUUCAAGAAUUGCAAGAUUGUUAAAAGAGCAUAAAGUCCUUGAUAAUGAUUCAGUUGCACAAUUGGAACCUAAAGAUAUCAGAAAAUUAGCUGAUGGGUUUGAAUUCGCUCCUUUACUCUGGGGAACCAAUGCAGUGUCCAAAGCUGAGUUGGGUAGAGAAUAUGGAUGGGAACCAAAAUUCACUACAGCUGAUUUAUUACAUGAUAUUGAAGCUAGUGUUGAUCGAGCAGUUGAGAGAUUAGGUAAUUGA